CGUUUGACACGGAGAAUAAUGUUUUGAAUUUUUAAUUAUUUAUUUUACGUUUUUCCUGCAAUUCUUUUGUAUAUACCUGUAGUAUUAGCAACCUUAAUAUUCCUAAUUGUUCCUCAUGUCAGAAGGCCAAUUUAAAGAAAUCUUUUAAGGUUAUAUUUCAAGAAGCAACCUACAAAUAGGUAUCAAUUUUCCUGUUUUAACAAUGAAACACAUACUCAAUGUUUGCCAUUUUCCUUUUUAUUUCCUGCUUGGUCACGCAGCAAGUAUUCUUGGUCUCUCCCGCUAAUACUUGUAAGAAAACUGAUACUAUAUUGUGUUGUUAUCAUACUAAGGGCCAAGAGGUAUGUCAAAGAGAUGAAAGGGUUGGAUAUACGGAUAAUUGGAAUCACUCAUCAAUAAAAGAGGUUAAGAAUAAGGAGAAUAUGGCAAGCAGAUCAAGAUUUAAUGGAUUAUAUCGGCCUAGAAGCGCACUGGCUCGAGCGCUGUAUGAAAAGCAAAUAAACGACAGGGACUUACAAGAACAUGACCAUAAUGAGUGGUACCGUGUGGACAAGUCGAAGCUGAGCCCAGAGUUGCAGGAGAAGUUUGUGCAGCUGGACCCUGAUGAGGAGACCAAAGAGUUCCUGUCCGCCUCCAUCGAGAAGUCCACUUGGGUGUGGACGCAGAUCUGGUACCUGCUGGCCAAAGCCGUGCUUAAGCAUUUCUGGUCCAUCACCGAUAUCAAUGGAUGGCUUGGGCGCGGCUCGAUGUUCGUGCUAUCAGAAGCACAAGCGCGCAAACUGCUGACGGCUGCACAAGGGGCGGCGCCGGCGCCGGGGGCGCAACAAGCGGCGCAAGGGGCGCUAGUGGAUAUCGGGGCGGGCGACGGCGAGGUCAGCCGCCGGUUCGCGCACAUCUACGCUGAGAAAUAUGCCACCGAGAUCUCUGGCAGCAUGCGAAAGGCGCUCAGCAAUAAGGGUUAUUCGCUCCUGGACAUAGAUGAGUGGUGGCGCGCGCGCACAUUCGACUGCGUGUGCAUGUUGAACUUGCUGGACCGCUGCAGCAAGCCGCGCACCAUGCUGCGCCAGGCGCGCGCCUCGCUGCGCCCCGCCUCACACCUUCUGCUAGCGCUCGUCUUGCCGUACAAGCCCUAUGUCGAAGUUACCCCCGACCACAAGCCAGAAGAGCGCCUCCCGAUCAGCGGCAGCACGUUUGAGGAGCAGCUGUCGUCGUUCGUGAGCUUCAUGCGCGAGGAGGCGGGGUUCGAGCUGGCGGCGUGGUCGCGCGCGCCCUACCUCUGCGAGGGCGACUUCUCGCAGGCCUACUACUGGCUCGACGACUCUGUCUAUGUGUUCAAACCUACCGCCAUACCUCCUCACGCGUAAAUUAUUUAUGUAUCUAGCAGUUACUGUAGAAGAAAUCGGUUAUAUUCCACAAAUAUCUUGAUUAGGACAGCUGGCAGCAUGUGCUAUCUCCUUCGUACUAUCUUUCUGCCCUGUUCUUAUUCUAAUCAAGCUAUGUUUAACGGGUUAUAGGACACACUGCUAGAUAGUUUUUUUUUUCUAAUUUAUUUGUAAUUUAUUCUACUUUUUAUAUUUAUUACUUUUUGUUAAAGAAUCGCAGGAGCUGAUUGAAUUAGGUUAAUGAAGACGGUGAACGUAUUACUAUUAGAUUUCACAUAAACGCAAGGAAGGAUUAUAAACACUUUGCCGAGCUAAUGGCGUAAGGCAAAUACGUCUAUCGAACAAUAAAUUACUUAUAAUACCUAUUGGUUUUAUGUAUAGUUGAUGCAUCCUACCUAGAACUUCGGCAAUCUCGUAUUUCAACAUAAACAAAAUUUAAGAAAUACUGUUUACGCGCGUGGAGACCAUUUCAGCUUCCAUUUUGUAUUUUACUUAAAGAUUUGGACCAAGCUGGUAUAUACAGGGGAACCUAAACAAUAGGUACGUGAGAGAAGAAAAAAUACCUACUUACUUACUGAAUAAGAAGCAUUAUAGAGCAAAGGAAACUAUAAUUUCUGUUAAGUGUAAACUACCUUUGAGUCGAAUGAAUGGUUUCAAUUAAGUAACUAAGUGUAUCAGUUUUAUUAUUUACUAGGUUAUUAAAAUAUGUCAAUUGUAUCAGUGAGUAUAUCUACCUCACUAUGAAUGAAACGAAUGUCAAGAGUUGUAUACAAGUUUACGAAUAAGUUUACACGUGAUAUUUUUUAAAGCACUCUUCGCAUCGAAUCGAAAUCAUAUAAUACCUUUUUAAUCUAAUAUUAUCUUCGUGUUCGUGUUUCAAAAUUAAUUCAUGUAUCGCACUUUGUCGUAAUUAUAAAAUUUUCUCCUCGUUAUAAUAAGUAAACAUACAUUCCUCUCAUAAACCAUUGUAUUAGUCUAUUUAACAUAGGAUGAUUCAAGUGGCAUAUCUGUCGUCUCAUUCGUACUAAGCUGUAUACUUUAGUGUGAAAGAGACAUGUCAAUAAAGAUUUUAUCUAUCUAUAUCUGUCCUGCUGUCAUUCUAAUCAUGCUACGUAAAAUAGGCUAUAAUGAUCUGUGGAUAGUAUUUGCGGAGCCCGAUAAAGCACGUGGCGCGAAUUAUAUCGAGUGCUUUGACCAAUAGCCGUACGACGCGACGUUUAUCUGCGUAGAUAGUAUUCGCUGCAUUUAUUCUUAUCGUGCGCGGCUGCUGUGCCGCGAGGGAUGAUUCUGCUCAUAGGUCCGCAGUCGUACUUGUACGGAUAGACCACUUACAAGAGUGCCAGCCCUUACGACUAGCCAUGGCAUCUAGCCAUCAGUCACUCUGUGCCAAAUGACAUUAUUAACCUCAACCAUCAAUAUAUUAUCCAAAUUGAUAAAACAUUCCCAUUUAUAACUAAUUCGUAAUCUUCAUGUACUUAAUAAUUAUAAAAUUUAAUUCCAAUGGUGUUUACGAUUCGUGUAAGUGUGACUUAAUAUUUGAUAUUUCAAUGUUAUUGGAUUUGGAAGUGAAGGUGGUGCUUUACUGAUUACUUUUACGUGUUCAGUGUAUAGUGAAUGUUAUGUACUUUUUUAUGGAAUACAAGUAAUCUGAUUACAUAUUGAUGAUAUA